AUGUACAAAGUCGGGCGCAAGACUCCGCGAAUUCUUCAAGCGGGUUCCCUUGUGAGGAAUGGUUUCUCUCCUCGUGAUGAGGCCUCUCAAUCGGGAUCUUCAUCUAAUUCGUCUCUUUCAUCUGAAGCCACAUCGCCCAAUUCCCUCAAUACACAAGAAAUUUUCCUCCCGCGAACAAGGUAUUCAAAAAGGAAAAACAAUGCCAGCUCGACAUGUUCGACAACGAGCAACAGUCUGCCCGGAAGUCCAAAGUCGCCGAUGUUGGAGCAGCAGAUGAACGCUUUGUAUAGCUCUUGGAAACGAUUCAUUGAGACGCCCAGCGGGGAACCCGAUCAAAAAGUCGUUGUUUACAGACCAACCACCGAUUGUGCUCGCCCCGAUUUCAAGCCUUUCGACAUCGACUCAUUCUUGAUGGAACGAAUGCUUAAAGAGUUGGAGAUCGAUCCGAAAAUCCUUAAUCUU